UCCCCGCAACCCUCGCUCGGUCUUCUUCUUGUAUUCUGUUUUGGGGUCAUUCUCAAAUCUCACUGUCACACUAUCAAUUUCUUGUCUUCUUCUUUCUGCAAACCGCACUUCUAAAAUUUUGUUCACUCCACCAUUGUCAAGUUAAUGAUGGCUGCUACUUUCAAAUGCCAACCUACAGGACUUCACGGUUCUGGCAUUGAUGCGGCGGCGCCUCGCUCUUCUGGAAACUUCGGAAGGUUUUACUCAAUGCGAUUCGCGUGCAACACUCGCUGCAAUACAUUGCGUCACGUUCAUACACCACUCUCCAUUUCCCACGACUCAUCAACUGAGAGUUCUUUGAUAUUGAUUCGUCAUGGGGAGUCUUUGUGGAAUGAGAAGAACUUGUUCACCGGAUGUUGCGAUGUGCCGUUGACCCAGAGAGGUGUAGAGGAAGCCAUUGAAGCUGGAAAGAGGAUUAGCUUUAUACCGGUUGAUAUGAUUUUCACGUCUGCACUGAUUCGAGCGCAGAUGACGGCUAUGCUUGCAAUGACGCAGCACCUCCAAAAGAAGAUUCCUAUUAUCAUCCAUAAUGAGAAUGAAGAGGCAACAACUUGGACUCGAGUUUACAGCGAAAAAACCACCAAGCAAUCUAUUCCAGUUAUUACUGCUUGGGAGUUGAAUGAAAGAAUGUAUGGGGAGUUACAAGGUCUUAAUAAACAGGAGACUGCAGAAAGAUAUGGGAAGGAGAAAGUGCAUGAAUGGCGUAGGAGUUUUGACAUUCCUCCUCCGAAGGGCGAGAGCCUGGAAAUGUGUUCAAAGAGAGCUGUUUCAUAUUUUAAAGAUUUUAUUGAACCCCAAUUAAAAUCAGGAAAGCACGUUAUGGUUGCUGCUCAUGGAAACUCAUUGAGGUCCAUUAUGAUGUAUCUUGACAGAUUAACCUCCCAAGAGGUCACUACUUUAGAAUUAUCAACUGGCGUACCGUUGCUUUACAUAUAUAAAGAGGGGAAGUAUAUGAGUAGAGGAAGUCCUGUGGGGCCCACAGAAGCUGGUGUUUAUGCAUACACUCAGAGUUUAGCUGUCUACAGACAACAGUUAGAUGAAAUGUCUCCUUGAUCAUGCUUUUGUGAAAGAUCAAAAUGGUAUAAUUGUUGAUAAUCAUUUUGGUGGAUGGCUUUCGGGGUUUGGCCUUUCAAUAGAUACAAAAUUCUCUCUGCAUACUCUCUACACUGAAAGUUAUUGGAAAGAAUUGACCAAUCGGUGACAGUUUCAAAUCUGUGAACUGCAUGGCAAAACAUGCCCUGAAAUCAUCCGUAUUGUAGCAAUGCGAGUAGCCCCUGCACAAUUUUGGUUAGAGAGAGAAAAAAUGAAAACAGGAUUAGUCUGAAUGGGAGCGAACUUAUAGGUAUAGCUGCCAUGAUUUCUAACAUAUAUAGGAAAUGAAUUAGCGGCGAAGGAAUGAGAACAAUAUAAAUGAA